AUGAGAAUUUUCGUCCAGAGCAGCAGGUUGCUGCCCAUCCUCAUCCUCGUGUUGGCAACAAUCACAGCAAUUUUCGCCGCGGAUGAACCUCACGCAAACGACACUUUCGCGUCCGUUUCUGACGCCGUGUGGCAAUUGACAAAUCUCACGCUGAUACCUGAUACAGCUCUUCACAGAUCUACGAGCUUGGGAGGCCAGAACUUCACGCACUGUUGUCUUCUCGCCGUUAACGCUUCGCUCACUCUAUCACCGGAUGGGCGUCUCAUCAAGAGUCAAACGGACUACAUCGACGCGACGAUUGAAGAAUUCCUCGAGGCCAACAAUGCUGAUCAGUUUCCUUGUACCGCCGAGUGGAACGGUGACCCAAGAGGGGCGCCGAGGGUGAUCGUGACUUCAGGAUGGCAAGAGCAGACGUGUCCUGGAUGGUCUCUGUCGGAUUCAAAAAAGGGGGAUGAAAGCGAAUGGGUCAACCCGUUCAUCGGCUUCAUCAUUCCUUGCAUUAUUUUUGUCCUGGUCAUUCCACGACGACGUAAGCUCGCUGUAUGGAGCCGACUCUUCGUCCAAGACUUGUCACAGAUUAUCAGCUGGAUCGUCGCACCCUUCGCUAUGAUACUUUCUGGGCUGGCCGUCUGUCUCGACACAAUUAUCUGGCUCUGUGUCUGUUUUGCGUUCGCCGGUCCAAUGAUAUUGAGCGGUUUCUACGAAGCGUACCUCGAUCAAAAGGUGAUCAGCUUUCUCAACGAGAAGACCUCCAACUUUCGACUUACGAUCGAUAUGAGAGCUCGGCUACUUUUUGUCGUACUGGUUGGGAAUUUAGAUCUUGAUCCGGAGGUAUUUGCUGGCGAUGAAGAACUUACUGUCCUAAAUCACGGGAGACAUGCAGACGACAAUCCACGAUGGCCCAACUAUCCCGGCACUCAGACACGAAACCCUUCCUCUCCGUGGACUCACAUACAGAAUCUGGUCAGCCCACUUCGAUCUUACAGAGAUUGCGCUCUAGGCACCCCGCGGCAGUGGCCCUUGCACGAUGUUACUUGUACGGUUCCAUCUUGCACCAAGUUGCGCUGCAAAGAAAUCCCAUUACAGAGGAAUCACUUCGUACGCUCCGAGAUUGGGCGGACCAAGACACGAUUACGCACAAUGCUCGCGACUCAGCUUUCUUUCGGUUCAAGCGUGGGAGCCCCGGUUGUUUUCUUCCUGGGUGCUUUCAGCUAUACGCUGGUGACUACGCUCGGAAGCUUAGGUGAUGAGGACACCAGUCUGGACUUAGCGUUUGGUACGUGGUUCAUGGUCAUUCCUCACAUUUCAGUCGUUGCUGGGCUUCUAUUGGCUGGAAACAAUCCAAAUACCCUCGAAGGUGUAAUGGCUCUUGAGUUUGGAGAAGUCGAAGAGAAAGAAACUUUCAAAAAGAAGCACUUUCUGGGUUCGAUAUUUGAGCUAGCUUAUGAGAGCCGAUAUAGACCAAAGUGGCUUUGGGAGCGCGGAAGGAGCAAGCAAGACUGGAUUGACAGAGUUAUCUCUACCUACCGAUUCCGAGCACCAUCAGGACGUCGUGGUGAUAUGGUUGUUGAUGAAGACAUGGAAGCUUUGCGAGUCGCAACAACAAUGACCAUCACGAGUUGGACAAUUGUACUGGGCAUGACAACGCUGUUAAUGGGCGUUCCAUUCAUAUUAGCUUUUCUGGUUUCCUUUUACACGCCUCAAGUCGGCAUAGCUUGUCGUUCUUUGACGUUUCUCGUCUAUGCCAUUAUUCAGACGUCUCAAAUAGUGCUCUGGAUGUGGGCAUACUCAGGUCCACCUCAGCCAGGAAAGUGGUUCAAAUUCUUCCGCAAGGAUGGCUAUCUUUAUCGCAGCGGGUUCUACAAUCCAACGGACGUCAAAUCACUCUGGCAGAAGGGCAAAUUCUGGAGCUUGAAAUCUCUCUGGGCCAUUAUUUGGUACAACCUCGCCGCCAUAUUCGGACUUGGUGGUGUUAUCACCUCCAUUGGAGGGACUAUGAUGCAGUUGAUGGGCGUCUACUCAACUCCAAAAUGCAGUGUCAAUGCCGAAUACUGGACAAAGCCACACUCGCAAGUCCCAGUUGUCCUCAGCAAAAACUACGCGCUGGAGAUUGCGGAUGCCAAGAAAUACUGGGUGCCAUCCGCCAUCACAGCCAUAUUGUUUCUUGCUCUCGUUACCUUCUGCGGAUGGUGGUAUCAGCGUCGACUGAGAGGGAUGUUCAGGAACUUGGUUAGUGAACUUGGUAGUGAGAGGACGGAUAGGGAGGAUAUCAGAGCGAUCGUUACUCCUUCUAGGGAUGGUGAUGAGGAGAGUAUCAAGCCUUGA